AUGAUGGCGGUGCGUGAACGCGCAGUAAAAGUAAUGGCUGCUCUGGAUCGGCGGGUGCCUAGCCUCGAUGAUUUCGUGGGUCAAAGCUGGACUGCCUGGGCCGACUGGGCCGGCGUGACAGCGGCGGAUGGGCCCGAUGUGGAUGACUGCAGUAAGAAUGGCAAAAAGGCUGCAGAGGCCAUGUCACUCAGUAAAGAGGACAUGUCCAUCUUUGGCCUUUACCCAGGCCAUGAUGACUUUUACCUGGUGGUGUGCAGCCAUUGUGGUCAAGUAGUGAAGCCGCAGGCAUUUGAAAAGCACUGCGAGCGGAGACAUGGCCCUCUGGCCAAGCUGUACGCCCGACUGCGCUCCCCCACUCCUGCACCUCAGCCCCAGCAGAGACCGCAUCAUGGCCACUCUCCUUCUCAUGGGACCAACACUGCCUCUGCUUCAUCAUGGGAGGGUCGAGGCCAGGGCCUUGGGCAGCUACGGGCAGCCCCACCUUCACCUUCCACUCCCCCCCAGCACAGACACUCCAAGAACUCCAAGGAUGGAGUACGACAUUCCCCACUAGAGAAGUCCUCCCACAGCAGCCAUACAGAGUCAUCAGUAUUCAAGCAGCCGCCACCUCUGGAGCCUUCGAUGAGCUCUCCACCUCCGUCACUCAGAGACCCUCCCUGGCCACAUGGAGGCACUCCGCCUGGUCGGCCUUCACCCAGUGACAGACACCCUACACAGAGAAAGGACUCCUCUCAACCCUCUGCAGCGCCAGGCCACCGGGUCCCCAGGCCCUACAACAAAGUGGCCUCCAAGCGGGAGUGUGACUUGGACAAACACUGUGGCGUCCUUGACCCCGACAGGAAGAAAGUCUGCACUCGCCUUUUGACUUGCAAU